UGUCACACCCUGGGAGAGGCGCGUUGUUGAAGUCUCCACAGAUUAUUGCUUUAUGGUCCCUCCUCCCACUCUCCUCCUAGAAACUCCACCCUUGUUUUAAUUUCGCCCAAGUGACUGGCACUAAGACGGAAGCGGUUUAUGGAUUGUUGCAACCAGUAGGGAUCUUAGUGUGCCCUGUAGGACCCCACAAAGAUCUAAACUUACACAGAUAAAGGAGCUGAGCAGGCUGAAUUACUUUUUAUAUUUUGGUUGGAAACUAAGCGUUUGCUUAUCUUGUGUAGAAAGUGAACAUUAUGCACUUAGGAUUAUAUGCGACGUUAUUCCUUUUAAUGGUGCCAACAGCAUGCUGCAGUGUCUGUUUGAAGAAUCCUAUGACUGUAUUUGUGCCAGAGGAACUAGAGGCAAAUCAAUUUGUUUUCAAAGUGGAUAAUGUAAGUAACUGUUGGCCAGCCGGUGGCCUGCUGUUUUCCUCCAAUGACCCUGGCUUUAUUGUUCAUAAAGACGGGUCAGUAUUUACAUCUCAUUAUGUCAAGCUGCCCUCUGGACAGAAGAAAAUUAGUAUGUUGGUCAAAGACCCUCAGAAAAAUGAAGAAUGGACUUGUGAUAUUUUAUUAUCUGCUACACAGAAUGAUAAGGCAGAGAAUCGAAGACAAAAAAGAGAAGUGGUCCUUAAACGUACAAAAAGAAGAUGGCGCCCUCUGCCUCAUUCAAUUAUGGAAAACUCAUUGGGUCCUUUUCCAGAAUUUGUUCAGCAGAUUCGGUCUGAUGCUGAACAGAACGGGAAAGUGUUUUACAAAAUAAGAGGACCGGGAGUUGAUGAACCUCCAGUAGGCUUGUUUUCAAUUUUGGAAGGGAGUGGAAACAUCUCUGUCCACAGACCUGUGGAUCGUGAAGAAUAUCCAGAAUUUAAAUUUUUUGGCGAUGCAUAUUUUUAUAGUAACAACCAAAAAGCAGACUUGACUCUUGAUAUCACUAUUAAAGUGGAAGAUGCAAAUGACAACACACCUGAAUUUACUGAGAAAGUUUUUAGGAUAUCGGUUCCUGAAAAUGCUAAAACAGAUACAGUCAUCUAUAAACUUUCUGCGACAGAUCGAGAUGAAAAUGGCACACUGAAUACUAAGCUGAAGUACAAGAUAACAAGUCAGCAGCCAGCAGGACUCUUCAGUAUUGAACCAGCGAAAGGAGAAAUUAGUUUACGUUCUCCUGGACUAGACAGAGAGGUACAAGGUACCCAUGAACUUAUUCUCGAAGUACGGGAUAUGGAUGGGGCAAACUAUGGUCGUUAUUCUACUGGAUCUGCAGUCAUCACAGUUUCAGAUGUCAAUGACAACUUACCAUUUUUCUUGUCAGCAUCUCUUUCUUGUAAUGUGUCUGAAAAUACACAAAAUGUCCAGAUUCUGCGAAUCCCCGUGGAUGACAAGGAUUUAAUAAACUCAUCCAACUGGAGGGCCAAAUUUAAGAUUAUAAGUGGAAAUGAGAGAGGACACUUCAAAAUUGAGACUGAUCCAGUAAGAAAUGAAGGCAUAUUGAGUGUUAUCAAGCCACUAGACUAUGAAGCAACACAGAAUGUUAAAUUGAAGGUAGCAGUGGAAAAUGAAGCUCCAUUUGAAGGAAGUGCAAGCUUUAACACUAUUCCUGUUGAUGUUGCUGUAACCAAUGUUGAUGAGGGACCAGAAUUUGAGAUGCCAAUUAAGAUUAUCAAUGUUCGUGAAGAUGUGGCCAUUGGAAAAGAAAUUGGGUCAUAUACUGCAAAAGACCCAGAGACUAAAACUAGUGCCAACAUAGGGUACAAAAAACUAUCUGACCGUGAUGGAUGGUUUAAUAUUGAUGAAAAAACAGGCAUCAUCAAAACUGCAAAACAACUUGACAGAGAAUCCACGUGUGUACAGAAUGAUGAGUACAACAUCACAGUCCUUGCAGCAGACACAAGUCAAAAAUCCAGUACUGGUACUGUUGUUAUCCGCCUCAUUGAUGUAAACGAUAAUGAUCCUGUCAUUACCAUCCCAAAUGUCCACCUGUGCAAGUCAGACAUUGGAACUCCUUUUACUGUUAUAACAGCCAAUGAUUCAGAUAAAGAACCCAAUUCUGCUCCUUUCACUUUCAGUUUACCAGAAAAUCCUCCAGAUGUUAGAAAGUACUGGACAAUAGAGAAGAUCAGCGACACAGAAGCACACCUUUCAGAACGUGGAGAUCUUGCCCUUCACGUAUAUAAAGUCCCAAUAUUAAUUCAGGAUCAACAAGGCAAAGGCUCAGAACAGACUGCAACAGUUUCAUUUUGUGCCUGCAGUGAUGGCAUCCAUUGCUCUGAUCGUAGAUCAGGUUUGUCAGCAGUUCUAGGAGUCUGGGCAAUCCUUGCAAUGAUAUUUGCAGCGUUACUGCUACUCUGUAUCCCAUUAGCUCUUUUCUGUGGAGUAAAAGGGAGUCUAAAACAGAUACCUGAAGACACAACCCAGCAGCAUUUGAUUAUUUCAAAUACUGAAGCUCCAGGUGAAAAUGUAAUGGAUGGCAAUGUCAAGAUUCCUUUGCAAUCUUUAGAACCAAGUGCUACUGGAGAGGGUACUCUCCGAGCUGCUGCUGAUGUUGCUGUCCGUAAUGGUAUAACUAAACAGGAGGAAGUUCAUCGGACUAUAAUGAAUGGAAGUGCACAUUCUCUUAGCAGUAUUCCAGGUCGUGGUCGAAUUCCAAAAGGGUUUGAUACCUCUAAAUUCACCACUUUAGAAUGGCAGCAAUUUAUGUGGAGUCGCAUUGGAGAAAAAGUGAUUUUGAAUAACCAAGAUGAUGAUCGUGAAAUAUCUAACGAUGGUGUUCGUGAAUAUUUUUUUGAGGGGACUGGAUCAGCUGCUGGAUCUGUUGGCUGUUGCAGCAUUCUGGGUGAUGAAGAUCGACUAGACAUGUUAAAUAAUCUAGGACCUAGGUUUAAGAAUUUAGCAGACAUCUGUAUGAAAAAGUGAAACCCCAGUCACUGAGCCGAAUGGUGCUGCAAGAAUUUACUGUAUAACUGAAUUCUGAGUGUUAGAACAGCCAUUUAAAAGCCAGAAGGCUCUGGAGGGCACGAGAACGUUUUUGUAUUUGUCAUGGUAUGCUGACAGCAAUCUAAAUGUCAGCCUCUUGUUUGUCUACAAAUAAUGUUGCACUUUUUAUGUGUACAUAUUGUACAGAAAAUAUUACAUUUUAGUUUUUUUUAAACAUAUUGAUUAAUGUAAGAACAGCUUUGUUUUAUAUUACUGACUUUUAAAUUUCAUCUCUUGCAGUGUAAUUUGUCUGUGUUAUGUCCUUCAUGUAGCAGCUAAAAGAUGUUUUGUAUUUUUUGUUUUAAAGGGUAUAGUAGCUUUACUGCCAGAAACGUAAAGUCUCUGGCACAGUGACUUCAAGUGAAAAGUAGGAGAACCCCUGUAGUCUUCUAGUUGUUUGGGUAAUAGGAUGGACUGAACAUUCCUAAGCUACAGCCUUUGAUGAGUAAAAGUGUUAUGAACUAAGCAGUCACUUGGAGUCUUAAGCUGUGUGAUAAGUUACUGCUCAAGGUUUUUUAUUUUUUCUAGACACAGAAGUGUUAUAUACAAGUGUACUUAUUCAUCUGCACCUGGGACAGUGUGAUAAUUUGCUGCCUAAAUAUUUUCUUGUCUAGACAGUGAUGCAUUACGUGCAAUUGUAUUUUCUCAUCACUAGUCAGAAGAGGAAUGUAGGUUGCUGUCAUGAAGGCAAAAUAAUAUUGUAAAUGUUGCUUUCCCAAACAAAAAUAUCAUACAUCUUAUGGUCUUGCUAGCGAUUGUCCUGGACACAUUCUCUGGUAGAAGUUACUUUCCCAACUUGCUAGUCCAUGUUCUGCACAGGAAGCAUGUCUUGUCUGCUGUCCUGGAUGACUUGUUGCCCACUUAAAGCCUGAGUGCCGGAGGGCCUGCAGUUGUGUGGAGAAACACAAAUUUUUAAGUUGCUUUUUUUCCAGAGUGAUGAGAAUGAAGUGAUCUAUCCUGCCUGUAGGUAUGGUAAGUUUUGAUAAACUGAGUAAAAAUGGGUUUACAGAAGCCAAAAGCUUGUGAAAGCACUGGUUUACAACCACUUUUGGUGUUUGUGAGGAAAAAAAAAAACACCCAUUUCACAUUGUGAUUGGCUACCUGCCUUUGCCCAGCUUUUACACGUAGAGAGAGCAAAUAUGCCGAAUGGGUGAUUGAUGGCCCCUUUCUGCAGCACCAGAUGGCAGGGAACCAGAAAACACUGAUGUUAAGUCACUGGACCUGUCUUCCUAAUAUAUGGAUAAUUAGUAAGUAUCAUACUUUUUGGAGUCCCCACCCCCUUAAAAUAACUUGCAGAUUGGGUGACAACAGUGUUUAUAAAUACACAUGCAAAUUCCACUGGAUUUCCAUCUUGCAUAUCUUUUAGCCACUUGGAGAGUAGAUGCAGAUCAAGAAAGGCUUUUGUUUAGCUAUUGUAAAACCAUUUUCAUAUGUGCAAGUAUGAGCGCAUGUUAUAUUUUAUAAUGCAUUUUAAUGUGUAAUGCUGCUUCAUUUUUCUAAGAAAUUUGGACUGAAAGGGAUCUGUACAUGACAACUUGUGAAAUUUGAACUUUUCUGUGCCUUUCUUUUAUUAUAUGUUCAAACUUGUCACUGGUGAAGCUUUUAGAAGAAAAUGUACUUUACAGGUUUUAAAAAUAAACGUGUUUGGUAAGUAAAA